GGGAAGGCACUAGCAUCAGGGACAUCGGGUAAGGCCUCCGGCAGAAGCUUUGGGCUGGGGUCUCCUUCUGCCCAGCAGCUGCCAGUUCCACGGACGAGCAAAGUGCCUGAUGAGGACAAGGGCUGUUCGCUUCAUUGCUUUGAGAAGCAUCGAGAGGCCCCAGAGCUAUCUAGAAUGGAGGCACCGGGGUGGGCGUGGGUGCUUCCUUGGAGACCCCACUCGCCCCCAGGCUGUGCACACCUGAGCUGUCAGGUUCACCUCCGCACCUAUAUGCGAGCAUGGACAGCCAUUUCCUUCUCAGUUUCAUAGUGGGACAUAAGGGGAAGAGGAAUGGCUGCGGCUCUGGGCCCGGCUCGCUCCCGGGAGCUCGAGGCCCCAGGGCACAGUCCGGCCCAGCCCAGCCCAGCCCAGCCCUUGGGCCCAGCCCAAUCCACUGCGAAGAGGACUCUCUCAGUGGCUGGGGGAGGGGGGGCCCGACUCGGCGACCGCGGGGCCCGGGCUGAGUCCAGGGGCCUCUUCGGCCUCCGUCCCCCUCCGCUCUCUCCACCCUCCCCCUCAGGUGCAGCGCGUAUCCCUCCGCCGCGGCGAGCUUUCCCUGUAUGUAGCCCUAGGAUCGGGCUUGUCGGCAAUACCCGGAUGGAAGGGUUAUGGCCGCCAUCGGGGACUCGCCCGCCAUGGAGCUCACGCCAGAUAUCAUCUCUUUUGAUCAGUGUUCCUGAUUGUGGCUUUUUUUUUUAACAAGCAUUGUAUUGUGUGCCUUUUGUUCCUUGAAGAAGAGGGGUGCUAAAGAUUGAAGUACUGGAGUUUAGUCUUUCUUUAAAUAUAAGCUCCUUUAUCUACCCCAGGACUACUUAAAAAGAUACCAGAAAGUAUGGAAACUGGAAAAGGAGUUUUGCCAAAGAAGCUGGCAGAAUAAUUGGGGAAACUCCAGGAAUAGGAGAAGGGGUAUUAGUGCGUGGCAGUGCCUUGGCUGGGGACAGCUAAUCUCAAGAGUGAUGGUGAUACAACUGGAGCUUUCUAGGAUUCUGAGUGCUGAGUGCAGACACUCAAAUCCCGGAAGCCAGUGGGUAGAUACCAGUGAACCUGGUCACUGGUUCAAGAUCAAAUUGGGCCUAACCAACCAUUCAAGAUUGUUACAAGACAAUGGCUGAGGCUGGAACUGACAUCAAUCCCUACAUCAUGCGCAAGACUAAAAAAAAAAUAGGUGAAAAUAGAAGACAAUUUGAUGUAUAGAAGGAAAAAUGAGUAAUGUGUUACCCAAGAGGAAAACUCCAAAGAAGAAUGACUUCAAAGACUGGGGCAGAAACUUUAGGGGGAAAAAGGCAUUUACCACAAAAAAUAACAAGAACCCUUGGAAGACAUGAAACAUAUUAUUUAAAAAAUGAAGUAAAAAUGUAAAGGAAAAAUUGGAACUUGUUUCAUUAAUUUCAAAUGGAAAAUGAAAAUACCUAAGUAAUGGAGUCCCUGAAAAUUGAAAUAAACAGAAUCUAAAAACUGA